GGACGAUGGCGAACUUGAAAUCCAUCAGUGUGUUCGCAUCUUUUGAACAAUUGUAGACACAACAAUCCUCUCUUUGCCACCAUGAAAUUCCUCAUCGUCGCCGCAUUGGCAGUCGUCACUUUGGCUGCUGAAAGUCCCUAUUACCCGAAACCGGCUUACAAGCCAGCAUACCCCGCGCCUGCCUAUCCGGCACCUUCCUAUCCAUCAUCUUACGGAAAAUCUUACGACUACGCCCCUAUGCCAUACUCGUUUGACUGGGCCGUUUUGGAUGAACCAAGCUACAACGACUUUGGCCACAAGGAAACUAGCGAUGGCAAAGUUGUGACUGGAACCUAUUACGUCAAUCUCCCCGACGGCCGACGACAGAUCGUCACCUACAAAGCGGACGACUAUGGUUACGUCGCCGACGUGAAAUAUGAAGGAGAAGCCAAAUACCCCGAAUACAAACCCGCCUACCCAGCCUACCCCAAGCCCGCAUAUCCCGCUCCAGCUUACCCAAAGGCUUCCUACCCUGAGCCAUCCUACCCAAAGCCAGCUUACGCUCCAAAGCCCGCCUAUCCUUCUUAUUCUGCUCCAGCUUAUCCUUCAUACCCCAAGCCCUCUUAUCCCAGCUACCCUCGCCCGGUGUACCCCAGCUACCCCAGGCCAAGCUACCCCGCACCAACCACCACCGAAGCUGCCACUGAAGCCCCCGCUCCAAAGGUUGAAGCUGCCGCUGAGCCCGUCGUCGCUGAGGCACCUGUUGUUGUUGCCGAACCUAUUGCUAAGGCAGCCGCUGUUGCCGAACCAGAGGUUACAACUGAUGUUGCAGUUUAAAUCCUUCGUGGUUUAAAAUCAUUAGUGUUUGUCCAACAUGUACGCAUAAUAUUUAUACGAAACCAAUUUAUAUACUUAAUCAUGACAACUGCUCCAUAAAUAAAAUUUACAUUUUGUCAUACGAAA